UCAGUACCGUCUCCAUCUCAGUCCAUUUCGGGAGUCGAGCCCGUCAUUCUCUGACGUGGCCGGAACAUGCAUUUUGGCGCAAAGCAGAUGUUGAAUUCAUUCGAGUUGUAUUAUUAUUAACAGAUUGGCUAUUUUUACUUGUUGGUGUGAGUUUUCACUUUCUUGCAUCAAAAGAGACAGUUUACAAGAUCAUUACAUCUUAAAAACGACAAAAUGGCACUUCAGAAUAAAAUCCUUCAACUGAGCUGCAGGAGUGUUUUGGGAGAAGUGCUCAACAAGAGGUUUGCCAGUAAUUCUCGCGCGCUGCUCAAAUCUGCAACCAGCGAGUCGCUCCGGAUCUGUGCGACCGGACAAGAGACUUUCCCGGAGGAUUUGAUCACACCGGGGGCCAGUGCGGAGGUGGUCGCUAAGGAGACCCGGAUCAAGAGUCUGAAAGAGAUGCCGGGACCCAGCGCCGUCAGCAACCUGAUCGAGUUCUUUUACCGGGACGGUUUCAGUAGAAUCCACGAAAUACAGAUGGAACACUCUCAGAAGUAUGGGAAGAUCUUUAAAUCUCGUUUCGGCCCCCAGCUGGUUGUGUCUAUCGCAGGGCGGGAUCUGGUUGCUGAGGUGCUGAGGACGGAGGGUGUGGCCCCGCAGAGAGGCAACAUGGAGUCCUGGAAGGAGUACCGCGACCUGAGGGGCCGAUCUACCGGACUUAUCUCAGCGGAGGGUGAGGACUGGUUGAAGAUGCGUAGCAUCCUCCGUCAGCUGAUCAUGAGACCGAAGGACGUGGCUCAGUUCUCUGACGACGUGAAUGCUGUGGUGGAGGACCUGGUGAAGAGAGUGGAUACGCUGAGGAGCCAGCAGUCAGACGGACUCACUGUACUCAAUAUUAACGAUCUGUUUUUCAAAUACGCAAUGGAAGGUAUGGCAGCCAUCUUGUACGAGGACCGUCUGGGCUGCUUGGAGAAUGAGAUUCCUCAGAAGAGCCAGGACUACAUCGCAGCCCUGCACCUGAUGUUUAGUUCCUUUAAGAUGACCAUGUACGCCGGGGCCAUCCCCAAGUGGCUCAGAACCGUCGUCCCCAGACCCUGGGAGGAGUUCUGCAGCUCCUGGGACGGACUCUUCAGUUUCAGCCAGAUCCAUGUAGAUAAGCGUCUGGGGGAGAUCCAGGAUCUGGUGUCCCGAGGAGAGACGGUGAAGGGGGGGCUGUUAACUCACAUGCUGGUGACCCGAGAGAUGAACCUGGAGGAGAUCUACGCUAACAUGACUGAGAUGUUACUGGCUGGGGUGGACACGACAUCAUUCACCCUGUCCUGGGCCUGCUACCUCUUGGCCCGUCACCCUGAGGUCCAGCAGGAGAUCUACGAGGAGGUGACGAGGACUCUGGGACACGGGACCAUCCCCACCGCUGAUGACGUCCCCCGUCUACCCCUCAUCAGAGGACUGGUGAAGGAGACACUAAGAAUGUUUCCUGUUCUGCCAGGUAAUGGGCGUGUUACCCAGGAUGACUUGGUGGUUGGCGGUUACUUCAUCCCCAAAGGGACCCAGUUGGCUCUAUGUCACUACUCUACAUCCAUGGACGAGGAGAAUUUCCCCGGGGCUGAUGACUUCCGUCCAGACCGCUGGAUCAGGAAGGACGCUACGGACCGGGUGGAUAACUUCGGCUCCAUCCCGUUCGGCUACGGCAUCAGGAGCUGCAUCGGCAGGAGGAUAGCUGAACUGGAGAUGCACCUGGCUCUUACACAGCUGGUCCAGAGGUUCCAGAUUGGGCUGUGUCCCGUCACAGAAGAAAUCAAAGCCAAAACCCACGGCCUCCUCUGUCCUGCUGCGCCCAUCAACCUGCAGUUUGCCGACAGACAACCCUAGACCAAAACCCACGGCCUCCUCUGUCCUACUGCGCCCAUCAACCUGCAGUUUGCCGACAGACAACCCUAGACCAAAUCCCACGGCCUCCUCUGUCCUACUGCGCCCAUCAACCUGCAGUUUGCCGACAGACAACCCUAGACCAAAACCCACGGCCUCCUCUGUCCUACUGCGCCCAUCAACCUGCAGUUUGCCGACAGACAACCCUAGACCAAAACCCACGGCCGUCCUCUGUCCUACUGCGCCCAUCAACCUGCAGUUUGCCGACAGACAACCCUGGACAGAUACACUGUUUAUCUCCUUUCUUCUCCUUAUCUCUCUAGUGAGGAGGUAAAUGGGAGAAUAACAGACAGACUGUCGUAAGGCAGGUUUAUACCAUCCUGUACACAGAUGCUGUUGUUCUGUGUAAACAGCCUCUAAGAUACAGGAUGUACACAGACCAUAAGUGUCAGCUUUUUAUAUAUAUAUAUAUAUAUAUAUAUACAAUAUCAAUACUUGUUUCAUUUACAACGUUUCUAAGUCCUGUUAUCAACUGACUUCAGCACAGUGUCUGGCUGUGGAUUGGCUACAGUGUCUGGCUGUGGAUUGGCUACAGUGUCUGGCUGUGGAUUGGCUGCAGUGUCUGGCUGUGGAUUGGCUACAGUGUCUGGCUGUGGAUUGGCUGCAGUGUCUGGCUGUGGAUUGGCUGCAGCGUCUGGCUGUGGAUUGGCUACAGCGUCUGGCUGUGGAUUGGCUGCAGUGUCUGGCUGUGGAUUGGCUACAGCGUCUGGCUGUGGAUUGGCUGCAGUGUCUGGCUGUGGAUUGGCUACAGUGUCUGGCUGUGGAUUGGCUGCAGCGUCUGGCUGUGGAUUGGCUACAGUGUCUGGCUGUGGAUUGGCUACAGUGUCUGGCUGUGGAUUGGCUACAGUGUCUGGCUGUGGAUUGGCUACAGUGUCUGGCUGUGGAUUGGCUACAGUGUCUGGCUGUGGAUUGGCUACAGUGUUUGAAUGGAAUGUUGGCAGAUAAUUUUUUUUUUUAUAUAUACAAAAAAACUGAAGAAAAAAAAGUGUCUAGCUAACAACCUGUGCAGUUAUAUCUACAAAAUGCAUUUGCUUUACAUUUGUUAUUUGAUUAAAGUGUUCCUUUUUACGACGAUGAAUGAUUUAAAAAGUUGUCAUGACGAUUUAAAGUUGGUUUAUAGUCAAAAGUGUUGUCAGAUAUGUGCUGGUCAUUUUUGAAAUGGCUAACGAGCUAGCAAACUAACCAAAAACCAUCGUUUUUGAUGUUGCUUUUAGUUGCCUGGCUCGUUAGAUUGAUCCUAAAUACAUUUUUUAUUUUUAUUUAAUGAAUUGGUUUUAUUUGGCGUUUAAAAUAGACUAGCUAUGCGAUUUCAAACCGAGACUGGAAUAACUUGUCUGUGGUAGGUUAUAAAUGAGCACACAGACUCUAACCCAGUGCACUUCUUCAAAUCUCUUACAAUCCUUAUCCGCUCAAAAGGUAUUUUUUAUCAAUUUUGUCUGACUGACCUUGAAUUGUUCAAACUGUUUUUUUUUUUGGGGGGGGGGGGGGGGUUCUUCCUGGACUUGUUUCCUGGUCACGUGAGAGACCGUGUUGUUUUAUACUGUAUGUAGGAAGCACCGCAGAGAGACCGUAUUUAAGAAGAAAGGAUUGAAAUGGAGAUCGGGCUUGUUUGAAGGGCAGAGAAAUAUGUAGACCGUAGGUUCCUUCUGUUUGAUGAGGAAGAAGGUUUUUAAUAGAGACUCCAGAUCUGGAAACCUCAUGGGAAAAGGGACCGUAGGUUCCUUCUGUUUGAUGAGGAAGAAGGUUUUAAUAGAGACUCCAGAUCUGGAAACCUCAUGGGAAAAGGGACCGUAGGUUCCUUCUGUUUGAUGAGGAAGAAGGUUUUUAAUAGAGACUCCAGAUCUGGAAACCUCAUGGGAAAAGGGACCGUAGGUUCCUUCUGUUUGAUGAGGAAGAAGGUUUUUAAUAGAGACUCCAGAUCUGGAAACCUCAUGGGAAAAGGGACCGUAGGUUCCUUCUGUUUGAUGAGGAAGAAGGUUUUUAAUAGAGACUCCAGAUCUGGAAACCUCAUGGGAAAAGGGACCGUAGGUUCCUUCUGUUUGAUGAGGAAGAAGAUUUUUAAUAGAGACUCCAGAUCUGGAAACCUCAUGGGAAAAGGUACCGUAGGUUCCUUCUGUUUGAUGAGGAAGAAGGUUUUUAAUAGAGACUCCAGAUCUGGAAACCUCAUGGGAAAAGGUAUUUAGAAAGUGUCUUGUUGUUUUGGUGUCUGAGCAGUGAAAUGAGGUCAAAAGGUGCCCGGGUCUAACCGAGUCUCCCUGUUUUAACUCCGUAAGGAAGAGAAUUGGAUGUUCAUCUAUGAUUAGUAGACUAAAAUCCCGACCAGUUUCUAAUUACUAAUUGAACUAAUUAAUUACCAAUUAACUGUUUACACUUGUUACUGGAAUUGUUGUAAUUUCAACUAAGCCACACCCUCCUCGUUCAUGCUGGAAUAAAGAGAUCUGCUGGA